CGGCGGUGAGUGAGACGGACGGUUACGCUAACCGGAGUACUGUGACAGCUCAGGCGUCGCGCCCGCUGUCAGAGAAUGCCGCGGCAAGCCAAGCCUUCCCAUUCGUUAAGUUCGAGCGAAAAAAUAAUCGUCUCACUAAGACGUUUCAUUUUUAGUCCUAAAACAUAACUGCAGUUCAUGCUAGAGAUCCUCCAAAAUGCCAGCGGGAGUGAAUGCGCAAGCUGCUGGGAUCCCAAUGUCCGAUGCUAUGGGGUCUUUCAAGAGGAGGAAGAGAAAGUCCAUCACUGUGACUGCAAUGUUGUUUGUAGUGUCUAUACUUAUUCUAGUCUUCGGCUUGGCCGCCACCACAAGGACACAGAACAUCACGGUUGGAGGCUACUAUCCUGGAGUCAUUCUUGGUUUCGGCUCCUUUCUCGGAAUCAUUGGGGCUCAUUUAAUAGAGAAUAAGAGGCAGAUGCUGGUAGCCUCCAUCGUCUUCAUCAGCUUUGGUGUGGUGGCUUCGUUCUGUUGUGCUAUAGUGGAUGGCGUUUUUGCUGCAAGACACAUAGACCUCCGACCUGUUUAUGCUGGUCGGUGUGAAUACUACUCCAGUGUAACAGCCUUUGAUUUGGAUGUUCACUGCCAGACAGCAUCACGUGUGUCAUGUAACCUGCGUGUGAAGAGUAAGACAUGCUACUGCUGUGACCUCUACAACUGUGGAAAAGAACAUCCUCUUUUGGGACUUCAGAAUAAAGAUGUUUUGAAAAAAUUUAGGAAAUCGUCCAUGAUUUGGAACAAUGUCGACCCCAGAGGAGGCUACCACGAGUACACAGAAGUGCAGAGUUGCCAAGACGUUGUGUACCUUUACCACCUGUUGUGGUCUGCCACCAUUCUCAACAUCAUUGCCUUCUUCCUGGGCAUCAUCACAGCAGCAGUGCUCGGAACCUUCAAGGACAUGAUGCCAUCUCCUGCCCCUGACACAUGUGAACCAGAUUCUCUGGCCACCCCAGCAGCCCCUGAGACUCAUGCCCCAACCACCCCUAACUCCUUCUACAACACUGCCCCCUGCCUGCCACCUUAUACUGCCUACGACCUCCAGGUCUCCAACAUGUUCCCUGACUCUUCUGGCCUAUCAGAUGACUCGCAGUCUGGAGCCAGUCACAUGUGGCCCACUAUGAUCCCUCCACGCUAUUCUCCUCCUUAUUAUCCACCUGAUGAUAAACCCCCACCGUACAGUCCUUAAGGGACACUACAAAGGUAGCAUUGAAAAUAUGCCCUAGGGGUUGAAGGGUAAAUGGGCAUACAUACCAUAAAAACAGUUCCUGCUGCUGUGGAGGGUCACUGCACAGGCGGUCCUGCUAUGAUGUGAUGUCUGCUGAAUGGAAGCAGAUCGCAGCUGCAGUACAGAACCAGGAUGUUCAACUCUACAGAGAUCUACAGUGAGAUUUCUGCAGUUGUCCAGUUUAGGAACACUAGGCAGCCUCACGACUCCAUGCUAUAACUUACAUCAAGACUGUUCACAAAUAUGCCUUAAAAGUGUCAUUAUGCUCCUGUCAUGAGUCUUGUCUGUGAGCUGUUUGGACACAGUGACUCUGCCACCAUGCAUCUCUUUCACUGUAUUAAGUGAAUGUUUCUAAAGUGGCACAGAGUGUGCUGUUUUUGUCUCACCUCAGCCAAAGAGGAACGAGGAGUCUUGUAUGUAUGUAUUGUCUUGUUCAUUUGCACUUUAUUGUACCUGAAUAUAACUGUAAAACAUCAAGCUAUAUAAUCCUUGUCAGUUCGGGCAGCUAAAAAUAAGCUUGUGGAGCCCAAAGCAUACUUUUAAUAUUCUGUCUAAGCAGGAUGCAACAAGUAAAACAUGGUCAUUUAUUCAACACCUCAACCAGGUACAAAUAAUAUGAAUUGUGCAAACAAUCAUGUUAUGUUCAAUCACCUUCAGUGUAAAUAUCCUUUUCCUGAUUUGCGAAUAAUCCUAUUACAAUGACUAAA